AUGAAUUCAUCUUUUCUAACAUUACCCGUCGAAUUAGUCUAUCGAAUAUUGGAUAAUUUUGAACGACUAGAUAUUUUUCUAUCAAUUCAAAAUGUAUGCACACGUUUUAAUAUCAUCAUCAGUACUUAUACUCAAUACGGGACAUUCACCGAACUAAAACUAGGAAGUCAGUUACUAAAUCAUAAAAAAAUUCAACUUCUCGCUCACGCAUUGCAAAGUAAUACGACAAUCACUUUACUCAAUCUUGAAUGCAAUAAAAUACGAGCUGAAGGUAUACAAUAUCUUGCUGAAAUGUUACAGAAGAACACGACAUUGACUACGCUUAAUCUUGAAAAAAAUAAUAUCGGUGCUAGAGAAAUAGAAUAUCUAGCUCAAGCGUUACAGAAUAACACGACACUUACUACUUUUAAUCUUGGAUGGAAUUAUGUUCGUGAUGACGGGGCACAAUAUUUGGCUAAUGCAUUGCAGAAUAAUACAACACUCACUACACUCAAUCUUGAAGGCAAUUACAUUCUAGCUGAUGGGAUACAAUAUCUAGCUCAAAUGUUACAAAAUAAUUCGUCUCUCACUAUGCUCAAUCUCGAAAGAAAUCAAAUAUGUGCCAAAGGAGCACAAUAUCUUGCAUCAGCGUUAAAAAAAAAUAGAACACUUACCAUUCUUGAUCUUGGAUGGAAUUAUAUUAGUGAUACAGGAGUACAUUAUUUAGCUUAUGAAUUGCAAAAAAACACAACAAUCAAAAUACUUAAACUCGGUAGCAACAAAAUUAGUGCUAAUGGAGCACAAUAUCUUGCCCAGGCAUUGGAAAUACAGACACUUAUAACAUGUGAUCUUCGAGAAAACCAAAUUGGUAGUAUAGGCGCACAAUAUCUAGCUCACGCAUUACAGCGUAACACAACACUCAUCACACUUGAUCUGCGAUCCAAUGGUAUCGGUACUGAAGGAGCACAACAUUUGGCUUAUGCAUUUCCGAAUAACAUGGUGAAAUAA